UGGAAUCCCGGCCGGUUGACUGCUGUGGACUCAAACUCACGAGCUAGGAAGAAUGCAACUCGUAGAAGCCGGUCUACCUGGCCUCAACGCAUCGACAGCAGAAUUAGAUUUGGCCAGAAUUACAGGCCGAACAUGGUGCUCCAAAAUUUCCCCAUCCUUCAUCCAUCACUGAGGAGCCGGCAGCUGAGAGGUGUAUAAAAAUAUUUUAAAAAAGAAUCCUCCACUACUAGAUUGGCUAUUGGAGAAGAGAGGGGAGCACAGAGAGAGGAGGCAUAAUUCCACUCACUGGCCAACCACUGGACAUUCUCUCUCCCUCCCCUCGCUCAAGAAAUCCAGAAGAAGCUCCUCGUCUUCUCUCCACCUCUCUCCUCGUACACCCAACGAAUCAACAAUUGUGGGGGUAGCUAAGGAUUUGGAGUUCUUGCAUGGAUGCAGCCCACUGGCACCAGGCUGUGCUUUAUUUGAUGCGACCAUGAUCUCUCCUCCUUCCGUUUCUUCUUGGGCUUUGUUCUUCCUUCAUAUCCUUUGUGUAGAUCUAUGCAUCUGCAUCAUCAUCAAACCACCUCUCUCAUCCAUAGGCUUUGAGGUGAGGCUUUUGUGGCUUUAUUAAUCCUCUGCUGCCCUCCCCUUUUAAUCCUUGAAAGCAGCACACAUCACCGCCUUUCUUUUCCUUCCUUUCUUAUCCCCCUUUCCUCUCUAUCAUCCUUUUUAUCCUCUUUUUCUCAUGGCUUUUUCCUUCUUUUCUUCUCUCUCCUCACCACACCUUGCAUCAAAAGAGUAGCCAUGUCUGGUGAUGUGUAGCAGAAGCAGCAGCAGCAGUAUUACUACUGCAACACAACCCUACAAGAGCACAAACAAAGGGCCUAGGGCUGGUGAAGCCCAUGGAGGAGAUGCUGAUGGCGGCAAACGCGGGCGCUGCAAACCCGAGCCAAGUCUCGAAUCCGAACCCGCCGGCGCCGGAGCCGUUGUCGGCACCUGGGGGCGCCCUGCGUGGUGGCGCGGCGCCGGCCGUGACGGGCGCGGGUAGCACGGAGCGGCGCGCGCGGCCGCAGAAGGAGAAGGCGCUCAACUGCCCGCGGUGCAACUCCAUUAACACCAAGUUCUGCUACUACAACAACUACAGCCUCCAGCAGCCACGCUACUUCUGCAAGACGUGCCGCCGCUACUGGACGGAGGGCGGCUCCCUCCGCAACGUCCCCGUCGGCGGCGGCUCCCGCAAGAACAAGCGCUCGUCCUCGUCAUCUGCUUCUGCAUCCACGUCCGCUUCCGUGACGAGCUCGUCCAUGGCCAGCACGGUGGGGGCGGCGUCCAAGAACCCGAAGUUGGCACACGAGGGCGCGCAGGACCUCAAUCUGGCGUUCCCGCACCACGGCGGGCUGCAGGCAUCCGAGUUCGCGGCGUUCCCUAGCCUGGAGAGCAGCAGCAUGUGCAACCCCGGCAGCGCAAUGACGAGCAACGGCCGGGGCGUCGGCGCGCUCUCCGCCAUGGAGCUGCUGCGGAGCACCGGCGGCUACAUGCAGCUGCAGGUGCCGAUGCAGAUGCCAGGAGAUUACGCCGCGGCAGGGUUCUCAUUCGGAGAGUUUCGUACCCCGCCGCCGCCGCCUCCACCUUCACAGAGCGUGCUCGGGUUCUCGCUGAACACACACGCCCCGGGGCCAGGUGCUUCCGCGGCGGGGUACGGUUCCAGCUCCGGGUUGCAGGGCAUGCAGAACGCGGGCAGGUUAUUGUUCCCCUUCGAGGACUUGAAGCCGCCGGCUAGCUCAGGAGGCGGUGUUGCCGGUGGCGCAAGCGGUGGCGCCGGCGAUGGAAACAGCGGCCAUCAUCAGUUUGACCACGGCAAGGAGCAAGGUGGUGCCGGGCACGACACGCCGGGGUUCUGGAACGGCAUGAUCGGCGGCAGUGGCGCUUCGUGGUAAUGCAUGCCUAGGCUGCACGGUGGCGGCGCCAUGCAUGGCUCAUGCAAAGCCUCCGUGCGUGCAUGGGCGACUGGAGAAAUGGGCAGUAGAGACAAGGGUUCAAUAAGAGGUUUGGCAUUGGUGGUGAUCGCCGUGACAUGGAGUGUUUGAUCUCUUUCUUUCCUGGCGUUCUUCUCAUUGUUGUCGUCGUCGCGAGUUCAUGUGCGUUUGCUGGCUGACCAUCGACUUAAUUGGGGUUCUAACACGUCAGAGUACAAAAAUCAGGGGUCAUGAUACAUAGCUUGAUCGAUAUCUCAUUUCUGAUCUUAAUUUCCUUGGGGGAUCUUAAUGACUUGAUCUGUGCUAUGCUAGCUGCUUCACUGUUGCACUGGGGCUUGAGAAGCUUCUUUUUUGGCCGGCUUCGAGUUGGAUGGUGCGUAACAGUACUAGUACAUUUUGCUUGCGUUUGGGAAUGCCCCCCCCCCCCCUCCAAUGAAUGCAUGUCACACAUUCACACACAGGGUUUAGUGAAAUCAGUGUAUCUGGUAACGACAAUGCAUGCAGUGUCUGAAGUUUGAAGUCCAGGUUUAGAUGUAGAUCUUUGAAGGGGAUUUGAAUGUUUGUAUUGAUCCAAACAUUUUUUUCUUCUUGUUUUUACCCAGCUAUUUAGGUAACUUUAUGAUACUAGUACUUAUUAGAAGAAAGGUUUAUGAGCUCAUGCAAUUUGUAUUUUAUUGUUAUUCAUAGUGUUAUAAACUAAUGUAUAUCUUUUGCUCCUGGUUUAUCUACUUUUGUAAGGUUGUGUUUC